CGGUUCUCUUUCUUACCCCUCCCCCCACCCCCCCCCCCCCCCCCCCCCCCCCCGCAGUUCCGCGAGGGCGGAGCGGCCUUUACGGGCACUGCUAGGGCGGGGUCGCCUCCCGCAGGAAGAGCUCCCCUUCUCCACCCCCUCGCGAGGACCCGCCCGAGCUAAUCGCUUACUUCUCCAGAGCCGGUCCCAGCCAGAGCCAGCGCCUGGCACCGCCAGUUAAACGGUGAUAGGAACCGCCUCGGCUUCUGUCGGCAGAACAGAGCAGCCGCCGCGGCCUCCGCGCGCGGGUCCGAGGAGCCGGAGACCGCUGCGAGAAACGCGCCGCAGCCAUGGGGGCGUGUCCCUGCCGCGGGGCCUGGCUCCGCUCCGUGGGGCUCCUCGGGGUGCUGGCGCUGCUCCGACUGCCGCGGGCCAGCGGUGAUUGUAGUACUCUGCCAGCAAUUCCUCAUGCUCAUCCUGAAGAAAACUAUGAUGCUGAUAAAACUUUUAGUGAUGGAACCACCAUAACUUACAAAUGUGAUACUGGUUAUGUUAAACUACCUGGAAAAUCAAACUCGAUUACUUGCCAGGGUGGGGAAUGGUCAGAAAUUCCACAAUUUUGUGAUCGUAGCUGUAAUGCCCCGGGUCGGUUCACUACUAUGCAGCUGGAUGCCGCCUUCAUAAAUAAAAAUUACUUUCCUAUUAACAGCACUGUGACUUUUGUAUGUCGGCCAGGACAUACUCUCAGUACAUUCGGUCCGCUCAUCAGUACUUGUCAGGAUGAUGGAACAUGGUCACCGGUCUCAGGGUCUUGUAAAAAAAAAUCAUGCCCACAUCCAGGAGAUUUAGAACAUGGUCGAGUUGAUAUACCAACUGAUACCUUGUUUGGUUCACAGAUUGAAUAUUCUUGUUUUGAAGGCUACACUUUAGUAGGUGAUGCUACUAGACACUGUCAUAUUGAUGGAAACAAAGUUCAGUGGACUGGUGACGUUCCAGUUUGCAACAUUAUUACUUGUGCACCGCCUCCAGAUAUCCAAGAUGGGAAGCACAAUAGUGUCGACAAAGAUUUCUUUAACUAUGGUGAGGCAGUGACUUAUCGCUGCGAGUCAAGUGGUCGAAAGGGAUUGUCACUUAUUGGAGAUGCCACCAUUUUUUGUGAUAAAGAUGGACAAUGGAAUAAGUCGCCCCCUCAAUGUAAAGAAGUCAAAUGUAAAAUUCCACAAGUCGACAAUGCAAUCCAGAUGUCAGGAUUUGGACCCUUUUAUACUUAUAAGGACACAAUUGAAUUCGCAUGUAAAGAGGGUUAUAUCUUUCAGAAUAACAGCAGAAUUACCUGUGAAGCUGAUAAUAAUUGGAGCCCUGCACUUCCAGUUUGUUAUAAAGGACCUGUUAUUCCUCCCAGUAAAGAACCGCCUGUCUCAAGUCAUCCAGGGACUUCACUUCCUCCCAGUAAAGAACCAUCAGGACUAGGUGCUGGCAUCGUUGUCCUGAUAGUUAUUAUUACAGUUAUCGUGCUUGCGUUAACCAGCUUUAUCAUUUAUCGUCAGUACAACAAGAGAAAAGGGAAAAGUGCAGAGAUUGCUGGCAGUGCUGAUUACAAAGCUUGUCCGGAACAAGGGAAUCAUUCUGAGGAAAGCAAGUCUAUGGUUUAAGUAAAUUAAUGUAACCACGAAUCUGGCCUGUAUUUUAGUUGAAAUGUUAAGCACUUUUCUAGUUACUUUCAGCGUAGCUCCUUUGCUACUUGAAAAUGCAGCUGUUAGUUGGAAUUUUGAUGUUUUAAGACAAGGGUUAUUAGUGUCCUUACCUCCACCUGUGUGGUGCUUUAAAUGGAAAUGACGAUAGUACACACGUCGUUGAUUUGCCCUGGUCAUCACUGCAUUUUGCGUAAGGUUUGUCAGAAGGACUAUGGCAAGAUACUAUUUUAAGAAAAAAAGCUUUGCACAUGCACUUAAAGGAAUAAGAAAUCUGCAAUAUUUUCACUGGAUAAUUUAAGAAAUUAAGUGACUUUGAAAACAAGGGGGUUGGUCACGAUCAACUUAUGGAUAACUAAAGAAAAUUUUUGUAAGGAAUGUUCUUGUCAAAAAAUGGUACUUUAUCCUAUUUGUAACAAUUUCUUUUGGUAACCAGUGUACUAAUUUAGGACAAAGUUAAGAAGUCAGCUUGUGCACAGCUGUGAAGUUGCCAUUUAUUUUUACCAGUCAAUGGGAAAUGGGUCAAAUUUAAACAAAAUACAAAAAAGGACUAUUUCUGUAAGGGACAUUAGUGUCUGGCCAAGAAUUCCAGCACAGUGUAACCAAUGAGUAAUACUUGGGGGCCUUACCAUCUUUUUCAGAGAAUUCCAGAGUGGAGAAAAAACAUACUAAGGUUUAGAUCUGGCUUGAUUCAAAUAGGGCUGGUGGUUUGUGGUCUGAAUAUACCCCUGUUUAAAGCAUAUUAAAAUAAAGCCUAAGAGGCAGCAUAGAGGGGAGUACAGCAUGAUAACAUACUAAACUGGUCUUGCUCUACACCAGUGUUGUCAUACUUAAAGAGAAACUUAAACUUAGGAAACCACAAAUUAAUAUCCAUGUUGUUUAAUAGUUUUGUUUUCCUAAUUUUAGUCUGCCUUGGCCAACGUAAAGGAGCACACCUGUGCUCUAGGCUGUUCUCUAAAAUGCAAUCCAUAAGCAAAUGUUGCCAGUAUGUUUCAGGAAGGGGAAAAUUUCCACACCAGGAAUUACCCGCACUUCAGGCUCCCCUUCCCACCCUCACCCCCCCACCAUGUAGCCAUUUUUUUAACAUCAGGGAAUAUGUUCAAACAAUGACUUUAAGCCUUAGAAUGUACUCUGUAGGAUUGUGCCCCUCAGUGCUUUUUUUUUUUAAAAGAUCUUUUGUUACAACUGGGCCAAGAGAACGAAAAAUACAGUUAUAACUGUAACUAUAUAAAAAUAGUAUCUGGAGAAGGCAGACUGAACUUCAGAAAAUUAUACAGAUCCUUUAUCACUGCCUUACUUGUAACUAGAAAGCCCAAUAUGCAGAUUGCAAUCUCAAUUGCAUUUGGGUAUCAAUGUUUGGUCAGGAAAAACUGGAGACUCUGUUAUGUAUUUUCAUUUAUGUAUGUGUAUAUAUACGUGUGUGUGUAUAUAAUGUUUGAAGUAUACACAUGCACAUGGGAUUCAUGAUUUUUUUAAAAAAUCUUGGUGUGGGGGCAAAAUGUUCCCAUUCCCCAUUGGGGGUGUUUGUGUGUCUGUCUAUAUAUAUAUAUACACAUAUGUAGGAAUAAACCCAUCAGGCCCCCCAUGCCUUAAUCCCAUAGAUGAGACUCCUUUGGGGUUGUUACUGGUGUGUAGUAAGUACCCCUUAAGUCCCACUAUUCAGUCUGCUACUACUGACCUUAUUCUUUUUCUCUCUUUGUAUUCCAAGGUUAUAAAUAAAAUCACCUCCCAAGUUACAUAAAAUACAAACUUUCACUACUAAUUCAUUAGCUUUGAGCCCCUACCCCAGGGGGAAGAGUGGGAUGGUAAACUAGAGGAAACCUCUUUUUCCUAUAAAAAUUUUCUCAUCUCAGACCCCAAGCUUAUAGGUAGUAAGCCUAUAUAAUUUAUUAACAGUAACAAUACAAUCUAUGAAUAUUUAAGCAAUGUCUCAUCUGUGAGAAAUGUCCCAGCCAGAGGCCCCUCUGGUAUGGAACAGCAGAGUUGCUGAGACUGUCUCACAGCUGUAACUGCUGGCUUCUCCAAAAUUCUAGAACCACAGUUGGCUUAAGUUUGUUGGUAACAAACUUCUCAGAGUGACACUUUACUCUGUUCUGAAAACUCCAUUAACUGAUCAUCUCUCCUCGGAAUAGAACAGUUGUGUGGACAUGAGAAUCACAGUUGAGUCAGUUCCCUUAAAGUGUCUCUCUAGACUCCAAGCCUCUCAUAGGUGCAUUCUUUCGUGACAGUUGACUGUCCCAAGUCUCUUCAGAAAUUCAUUUCAGCUCUUGGUGCCUCUCAAAGACUCCUUCAGAGAUGACCAUUAAUUUGUCUGACUCAGGAUUUUUUGUUAAAGGCUCAGUAACUACAUCCAAAGUCUGCAAGAGGGGCCGUGUAAGUUGGAAGUUAAAAUACAUAAUGUUACAAACAUAUACACGUGUAUUUUGAAAGAAAUGAGUGGGGACAUAAGAAUUCAAUAUACCUCACCAAUCUGGACCAGUGCACAGUAGGGAGGAGUUUCCCUUUUAGUAAAAAUGUAUUAAGUUCUAUUUUGAAGGACAGUAACUCCAGCUAAGCUAGGAAAUAGUACUGUUAUGAAUAAGCAUAACUCCUAUGUAAAGGAGUGCCUCACUAUUUGUUGUAACCGUAUUUGUACUACUUAUGAAGAAUGAGUUAUGCAUUUGUGAUGUUGGGACUUGAUUUCAUCUUUUUCGUGUUCAGGUUUUUAGAAAUGCCUUAUUAAAGUGAAGGGGGAUACCCAUUUAAAAAUGGUUAGAUGACUCUUCUUGAACCAAACUUUUUUGCAAAAUAAAAGUUUCUUUAAACCCAA